AUGUCUGGAAAACUCCAGCCUAGAGCUCAGACAGCCUCCAGCAUUGUAGUCAUCAACAAUUUGCCGAAUGGUAGUAAUGUCAAUAUGUACGUCAGCGGGAAUGACCCAGAAGGCCACCUUGUCUUCUUGGGACCUGAUCGUGAAUGGUAUUAUCCCUCAGUAAAUAACUCGCUGUCCGUUCCUACCGAAAUACCGGCAAGCGCUAUCACCAUCUCUAUUCAAGGUACUGGCCAAGCAGUGGACGUCGUACUCCCUACAGACAUUUCAGCCGGAAGGAUUUGGCUCGCUGACGGAGUUUUGGAGUUCUCGGUGGUUUCGACCGCUUCUAGUAACGCCUCACUAGUCCAACCGUCGAUACCCAUCGAAUCGGUGCCAACUGGGGUAGAUGUCUCCUGGGGAUUCGUGGAAUUUACCUACGCUCAAGGAAAGGGUCUCUGGGUAAAUCUCAGCUACGUUGACUUCGUUGGCUUGGCAUUGGGCAUGAUCCUCACGAGUUCCAGCCCAGAAACGAGUUCGGUGGCUUCUCAAUGGGCAUUAGGUUUACAGUCUAAUGCCACAAGCACUAUCUGUCGAGAAUUGGCCAACCAGAGCAUGCUCGAUGGUUAUCCUUGGGGGGCUCUGUGCAUAGAGGACUCGUACAGUCGACCUUUCCGAAUCCUAUCACCCAAUAUGUAUGUCCAGAUGCAUGCAGAAGCUUUUGCCGACUACUGGACUUCCUACAUUGACCAGGUGUGGACAAAAUACACCACUCAAGGGCUGACUAUCAAUACUCAGUCCGUAGACUUUGGAAAUGUUUCUUGCAGCGUCCAAAGUGACAACCUAAUAUGUACGAGCGCUAGCGCCAGCGGCGGUGGCAACGCAAUAUAUACGAAACCGUCGGCGAAAGAUAUCUUCAGCUGUAACAGCGGUCCUUUUGCUGCACCCAGCGACUUAUAUCAGGCCGUCACGCCGCGGCUCUGCUCCGCAAUAAAUCGCUCCACACUUCUAUUGACUGGAGGCAAUGUUCAACCCGACGGUGUCGCUUCGAGCCUAUAUUAUGACGGUGAAGUGACAAAUUGGUAUAGUAAGCUAGUGCACCAGUGGGAGAUCGAGGGGAAAGGCUAUGCGUUUCCUUAUGAUGACAUAUCACCGA